AUGCCUAUAAAAGUACUAAUAGACGACCCUAAGCAAGUCAAACCAAUUAAACAGUAUUUGGAAGAUCACAAUUGGUUGAGCAAAUCUUUUAAAAUUCAAAAGAAAAAUGAUGUUUUCCAUAUUUUUACAAACUUGAAUGAAAUCCCAUCGCAGUUAUCACAGUACAAUUAUGAAAACUAUGAACAAGAUGGUGAUUCAAACACUAAAAAUAAAACUACCACUCCAACAUUAGCAUCCAUAAUAACAGAGUAUUGCUAUGUAAACAAUAUAACAAACAUAAAGAUACCUAAACGAUGGUCUAUUUAUCCACCGAUGAUAUUAUUCAAUACCACAAACUCAUCAAACGUACAUUCCACCUCGGAUACAAUAUUUAAUCCACAACACCAAAAAUUGUGGGAAAACAUAUUAAAUAAACAGAAAUCAAUAUUUGGAACUUCAGACAUAACCCAUAUAGCCUUGAAUAAACCUAUAAUUGAAUCUGAUAUAAUGAGGCGUCCACACAAUUUGAUCCCAGUUUUGGGGGAUUUUGGACCUGAGAUGCCAAUGGACAAGAAACCAACCAAAUCAGAUUUUAACCAAGCAUUUUGGUGUCAUGUUGUGCAAAAUGGAAUUUAUCAAACUUGGGCACCUAAAUAUACCAUGUUUUCUCGAGGUAAUAUUAAAGAAAAGAAACGAGUUUUGGAUCUGUUCAAAAACCUUGCAAAUACCAUUGUUUUUGAUUUUUAUUGUGGUAUUGGAUAUUUUUCCUUGUCGUAUCUUGAAAAUGGGGCCAAAUUAUUAUGUUGGGAAUUAAAUCCUUGGUCAAUUGAAGGGUUUAGAAGGAGUUUGGAGAAAAUGAAAGUUGAUUACAAAAUAUAUACUAGUGAUGACAAAUUUGAUAUUGCUGAUUUAAACCAUUUUGAUGCGUGUUUAUUUUUGGAAAGUAAUGAACAAAUCACUACAAGGAUAAUUGACCAAGUUAAAGAUGAUAGUUUACCAAUUAGUCAUAUUAAUUUGGGGUUAUUACCCAGUUCCAAACAAUCAUGGACCCUAGCGAAUCAAUUAAUCAAUAAAUCAACAAUCAACACUAAUGUACAUAUUCACGAAAAUGUUCAUAUCAACGAUUUUGAAAAGAUUAAAACUGAUGCUAAAGAAGUAUUUUCGAAUGGGAAUGUUUUGCAUUUGGAGAAAGUGAAAACCUUUGCACCUGAUAUUUGGCAUAUAGUAAUUGAUCUAGAAAACAUGAAAAACUUCUAG